AUGUACAUGGCAGCCGCAGCAGCUGUCGAUGAGAAAGACAAGCUGAUUGAGUACUUGAAGUCCAAUAUGUCAUUCACGCGCAUGCAGGAGAUGAAGGCUGAACUGACCGCAUACGCGGAUGAAUGCAGCCGUCUCUCCUUGGAAGUGAAGCGUCUUUCGAAUCAUCAGCAUCAACAAAGGGUUCACGACUUGGAGGAACAAGUAAAGAAUCUGAAGAGCGUUGCCUCCUUCUUGAUCAAGAAACUGAAAGAUGCCCAAAAACAUGAAAGGAACACGAUGCAGGUUCUCGCGCCAAGGCCCAAAACGACGUACGAGGAGGUCGACGCCCGGCGGGAGAGUAAUGAAAAAGAGACAGAAAUAGGGACAAAGAAGGAGCGAGACAUUGCCCUAUUACAGAACAACAUGAAAACAGAGAAAAAUGAGGCGCACGAACAGGAAGACGUCUCCGCUAGCACCUAA